UGCUCCUCUCCUCCACUCAGACUUCAGGCUCCUCUUCAUCAUGGCGGCUGCUCAGAGACUCCAGGACAUUUUCACCAACAGCUCAGAGACCAACACGACUGGAGCUCAGGACUGGACUGAGGUGUAUGAAGCCGUCAGGUGGAUCCAGCUGGUCAUGGCUCUGCUCAGCGUUCUGGGCUCGGGCUCCAUCAUCGCCUGUGUGAUGUCACAGAGACUCAGCCGCACACCCGAGCUGCAGCCUCUGUUCCUGCUCAGUGUGUCAGACCUGCUGCUUGCUCUCUGCUGGUUGAUCGGAGCCGCUCUCUUCUCUAAACACUGCAACAGCCUGAACGCACACUGUUACAACCUGCACACUGUGGAACAGGUUCUGUACAUGGCCUCCUUCUUCUACACGCUCAACUACAUGUGGAACCUCUACACAGGAAUCAGAGAGAAGUUCUACAGCUGCCAUGAUGGAUACCCUGUACAGUUUUCCAACAGAGUGAGCACAGCUGGUAAAACCACUGCUCUGCUCUCAGGUGUGAUUCCUCUGCUGCUGAUGAUGCCUGUGUUUAUACAAGGGAACAUCAGCCAAUGUCAGGCCAACUUCAGUGAGCCCUACAGGUGUCUGCUGCUGCACACUGGAGCACUGUACCUGACCACAGAGCAACAUCAGCCAGUCACAACCUGCAGCCUGUUGCACACCUACAGCAUCGUCGUCUUCCUCCUCGCCUUCAUCCUCACACUCCUCAGCAUCACGGUGUUCGUGGUGAAAGCCCGGCGUAUUUACAGGCGGGUUGUGACGUCAAACGGUUACCUUGGCAACCAGCAGCGGACCUCCUUCCGUGUGAUGGACCGACGGAUGCUCCUUUACCCACUGGUCUUCAUCCUCUGCUGGGGUCCAGCGGUGGGUCUGGCGUCUCUGCGGGUGGUGAAGCCCUCGGCGUGUCAGGGCAAGGCCGGGGUCGUCUUCUACAUAUCGCAGGCCUUCACCUCGGCCUCUCAGGGUUUCCUCAACUGUCUGGUCUACGGAUGGACGCGUGCACGGCUGCGGCGAGCCGGCAGGACGGCAUUGUCUCGGGACGUGGACACUCAGACGCCUCUGCUGCGAUCGCAGAAAAAGAGAAGCUACCAGGCGCUCCCCAACAUCAGCUGAAAGACAAGAGACACACUGAGGCUGAGUGGGUGUUUUCUCUCAUGUGCAGAAAAGACUCAAGAUGAAAGUCUCAACUUUCACUUUCAGCGGGAGGGAAAACACCGAGGUCGUCUCUGUUCAGAGGACAAAGACUUCCACCUCUGAUCCUGAACCGCUGAGGCGAGAAAAAGGGAACAAGUAGAAGGAGGGGGAGUUUACACCAAGAGGAAGAACGACAAACAAAAAGGAUUUGAAAGAGACAUGGCAGACCUCACAGGUGCUUACUGUUCUGAUCCAGGUCACAUGACCCCUGGUGGUGGGUGGCAUUAUAACAGGUUUGACUUCAAUGAUUUCAGCCCCUCAGCAAACAGAACAAAAUGAUAUUUGAAGGCGUUUUAACCUGUAAAUAAUUAAAAACAUUGAUCAUUAGAAGAAAUUCACUUUAAAGUAUGAAGUUAUUUUCACAGUUUAAACGCACCAGAGAAUAGAACCAGUUCAUUUCCACCUUAAAAAGACCACAAACAUUUUAUAUUAAUAUUGAGAUAAGGGGCCUUGAAUAUGUGACAGGUUCGAUACUCAGCUCUGCCCCCACCUGCAAGUUCAGGAAGUUUGAGACUGAAGUUCAAGAGAAUGAAGAGCUUGAGUUUAAACUUAGGAAGUUGUGUACAAACAUCAUGAAGCUUUUUUUAAGGAACAUUUAUUUG